AUGAGAGGGAGCGGUCUGGCGCACGUGGUUACUUUGUUGCUCAUCGGGUCCCUUGUUGUGGUCGGACAAGCUAGAAGUAUCUAUCAAGACCAUCAUGUCAACAUAACUGCUAAUGCUACUGCUGUGGAGUCACCACUAGAAGAGGAUAAGCUCGCCUUGAAAUGGUGUGUCGCAAGGAAUUGCGACCCCAAUUUCCCAGGUGAAGGCUAUGACCAAGACUGCACAUGCUGCUUCUCGCUGCCGGGCGCCCCAUGUUGGCACACUUUUGAAGAGUGCCAGGCAAAAUGCCCAACCUGCCACCCUACAUGCUAA